ACUGUUGGCAGUGCACAAUGCCCUCUUGCACCCCCCAAGUAGAAUGAAACUAAAACCACACGGAUACUUGCCUCGACAACAUUUCUGAAGAAGCGAAACCGGAUGCCCAGCCAACACGGAAUUUCUUAGUGGCAGACUUGACUGAGGUUGGCGCGAACAAUUUUCUGAUUUGGGAAGUUGUUGCGAAAGAUAAUACACGAACACCUGCAGGAUGGCUACCGAUCAACAUGGCAAGAAAGUCCAAUGCGUACUUUGUCUAACGUCCGAGGAAAAUCGGACAACUGGACCGUUAUCAACGAAAGGUUCUAUCACCGCUCAUCAGAACUGCUUGCUGUAUUCAUCAGGGAUUAUUUGCAAGAAUUCGCCAGAGUUUGACGACUUGUUUGGUUUCUCUGUGGAAGACGUCCUUAACGAGUUGAAAAGGGGAAACAGACUGAAUUGUUACAGAUGUAAGAAGAAGGGUGCCACAGUGGGAUGUGAGGUGAAACGCUGUAAGAAGUCCUACCACUACCCCUGCGCUUUGCGAGAUGGGGCCCAAAACGUCGAUGACCACACAGAAGAGAAGUUUACGUUGUACUGUCUGAAGCAUAAUCUGGCGAUGGCAGCAACCAAUGAAACAGUGAGUAGAGCUUUGUCUACCAACGGUGAUUCAGACACAACGAUGAACAACAAUGGAGAAACGUCGCCCAAGUCGUUGCAGAAAGAGCGGAAAGGACUUGAUGCAGUGGCAGGACCCUCAUCUUCCCAUAGUGACUCCAACAUGUCUAGUAAACGACGGCAGAAACAAACACCCAAGAGACGGUUGAGCUGCUCGAGCACACCGGAAGUGAAAUCAUCAAAAAAGUCCAGAAUGUGGAGCAAGAGAAUUCAGAACGGUUUCUCAGACUCAGACGGAGUUGUGAAUGGAAUUGACAUGGAGUUAGCCCCUUUGGAGUCUGAUCUAGAAGACAGUGUGUUGUCUGAACACAGAAAUCAUGCUGAGGCUCUCACCGGAGGAUGUCAGCCAGAACCUGAACACAGUGACGACAGCGAUGGGGACGAUAGCGAUGGGGACGAUACAGUCAUAGACUCAGAUGCUGAGUCUCAGAGUCUGUUGCUGCCUGUGAUGUGGUGUGUGGUGUCUGAAGAAACCUCUCAGGACACAAACCUCUCAGUGUGCAGUUCUCAGCCGUGUUCUGCGGCUAGUCCUGGUUCACCUGUCCUCUCUGGUCGACAGGGCAGCUCUCUCACACCUGGUCCCAUCUCACCUGUCCUCUCUGGUCGGCAGGGCAGCUCUCUCACACCUGGUCCCAUCUCAUCUGUCCUCUCUGGUCGACAGGGCAGCUCUCUCACACCUGGUCCCAUCUCAUCUGUCCUCUCUGGUCGACAGGGCAGCUCUCUCACACCUGGUCCCAUCUCAUCUGUCCUCUCUGGUCGACAGGGCAGCUCUCUCACACCUGGUCCCAUCUCACCUGUCCUCUCUGGUCGACAGGGCAGCUCUCUCACACCUGGUCCCAUCUCACCUGUCCUCUCUGGUCGACAGGGCAGCUCUCUCACACCUGGUCCCAUCUCAUCUGUCCUCUCUGGUCGGCAGGGCAGCUCUCUCACACCUGGUCCCAUCUCAUCUGUCCUCUCUGGUCGACAGGGCAGCUCUCUCACACCUGGUCCCAUCUCACCUGUCCUCUCUGGUCGGCAGGGCAGCUCUCUCACACCUGGUCCCAUCUCAUCUGUCCACUCUGGUCCACUCAAUGUCACCAACACACCUACUCGUACCAGUCCACCAGUCUCACCCGUCCCGCCUGAUUGCUGUUUCACCCCUGUGUCCUCUCCACACUCUGUAUCCAAUCAUCCCCUGGCUGGGCCCGGAGGACUAGGUUCACCUAUUGGUUCUGGCUCUGACUCUGCAGCCAGCAGAGUGUUCUGGAGAAGGUGUAACGAAGCAGGCUGUACACAGUCCAUCUUCACCACCUUCUUCUCUGACAUGGUCAGCAUCUCCAAUAGGAUCCUGUCGGAUAACGCCAGUCAGGAAGAUUAUGAUCUCUCUCUGAGAGUGAUGGAGGCUUCUGGAAAAUUAUCACAGAUGCUCUCAGAGCAGGAGAGAGAGUUUAAGAAGAAGCAAAUGGAGUUACAGAGCGCUACUGCAGCCAUAAGGGAUGCCAGGUCAGCCCUAAAGAGAUAAGGAGCCCUGCCAGGUCAACUACAACACCCAUAAUCCACCUUCCCUCAUUCAGUUCAUUGGCAUCACAAGAUUUUAUGGGGUGCAUUAUGCAGCCAUAUUGAGAAUUUGAUUUCACAAUAGUUUAUGUAGAUCCACUUUCUUACCUUGUCAAUAUUAUAAAUCCCCCCCCCCCCCCCCCCAAAAAAAAAAAAAAAUACUUUUGUUGUUUAUACUGUAUGUUCAAACUCCGAGACCGAGAACCAAUUAUGAAACAAGAGGCUGACAUUUUGCUUGCCAGUAACAAAAGGAUGUUUUACCUUUAAACAAUAUAUAUUUUUAUAUAAAUAUAUAUUUCUCUGAAUAGAUCCCAAAAAGUGUUGCUAUUGUGUUGAUAGCAAGUAUACAAAACAUUAAGAACACCUCUUUCCAUGCCAUUGACUGACCAGGUGAAUCCAGGUGAAUGCUAUAAUCCCUUAUUGAUGUCACUUGUUAAAUCCACUUCAAUCAGUGUAGAUGAAGGGGAGGAGACAGGUUAAAGAAGAAUGUUUUCGCCUUGUGACAUGGCUUGUGUAUGUGUGCCAUUCAGAGGGUGAAUGGACAUGGCAAACGAUUUAAGUGCCUUUAAACGGGUAACCACCCAAAUGACAGCCAGCCAAUCAUACUGGUUUGUGUCAAGAACUGCAACAUUGCUGGGUUUUUCACACUCAAAACACUUUCCCGUGUGUAUCAAGAAUGGUCGACCAAUGGUCAGCCAGCUUUACACUACUAUGGAGUCAACAUGGGCCAACAUCCCUGUGAAACUCUUUUGACACCUUGUAGAGUCCAUGCCCUGAUGAAUUGAGGCUGUUCUGAGAGCAAAAGGGGGUGCAACAUCUUCUGUACCUAGAACUUCUUAUGAUCUACAUGAUUAGGGUUUAGAGUUAUUCCUAAAUCCUAUGGGUAGGAACAACUUGCAUGUGUCUAAUUGCUCAUCCACUUCUUUUAACCGCACUGUUACAUGUUCGCACACUUUUUAUUCAUUCAGUAAUAAAUGAAGAACCAAACUUG